GUUGAGCGCUUUGAUAAGGUGCUGCGGGGGACGAGGUUCCUAGCCCCUGCGCAGGCCGGGUUCAGAAAAGGACACCAAACCGAAGAGCACAUCUUCCUCCUUCGCCGUGUCGUUGAAGACUGUGCCGCCCUGUAUGGUACUGCGACCGAGACGGGCCAAGCGUGUGCUGCGAUUUUGCUUGAUAUACAAAAAGCAUAUCCGUCGUAUCCGUGGCGGUGCUGGGUUCGGUUCCUCGAGUUGUGGGGUGUUGCUGAUUCCCGUUUUGCGAACACGGCUCGCAGGAUUCAGCGCAACACGUCCUACGUAGUAGUUACGGACCGCGGGGAGUCUCUUCCGUUCGGGCUUGAUAAUGGAUUUGGUGAGGGGCAAAUCACAUCCCCUGCGUUUUACAGUUGCGGGUAUGAACUAGUGAUGCGAAUUUUCAGGAUGAUGAUCAUCAAGCACCUGCACGGCCGCGCGCCGCUGUCGCUGUGGACGCCAGCACACGAGUGCUCCUUUCUCCCACGCGACUCCGUUCUGCAGUUUUUGCACCCAGAGUGCCGCUCGGUCUGCAAGACGCCGAUCACUGACUUAGAAUUUGCCGACGACACAGUUAUUAUUGCCAUGAUGUUGCUGUCUUCCGGCCUGUUCUUAGUUUGGGACUCCGUGACGAAGCGCGUAGUGAUUCGCGCCAACAGAAAGAAGUUUCAGAUUUUGCUCCUGUCCAAUCCGCAGCUCAGUGAUUUUGUCCGCUACCUCGGAAACUUCUUGUGUUUGUCGUACGACCUGCGCAUUCGAAGUGUCAAAAUGUCGAGGAGUCUGAAGGAGCUUGACUCCAUGCCGCACGUAGCCAGUUCCCGCACCGAUUUGCGGUGUAAUUUUAUGUCGCUGUUGCGCAGUGCCGGCACGUUCGGGGCCGGUGCCCGGACGUGGUCUUCUGCGGAGUUGCGUGUUCUGCAGGUUGGGUUCAACGCCGGGAUACUUCAGCUGACAGGAAUGCCGAGAUACGCCCUCCAUGUUUAUCAUGUGCCAAUCUGCCGCCUGUUUCGAAUGUUUAGGCUUGAGCCGGCGACAGCAUAUGUGAGGUUCCUCCAGGUUUCCUUCGUUGCCCACCUGCUGCGUGCUUCUCCUGAGCGGCUUGCGCGGAAGGCAUUGCUCGGCUUUUUCACCUUUUCUGACCCCGGGCUUGCGCAUCAUCUUCUCUACCGCAGGGCACCGAGAAAGCGAGUCUGGGAGCAGGUAGUCGAGUCCCUUCGGCGAGUUUGUGGUGAAAGAUCUGAGGCGCAGUUCCUGACGAUCUUGCUCUCUCGCAAGCAUUGCAGAACCGUUGAGCGGGAGUUGCGACUGCUACUCACUUUUGAGUACUACUCUGGUGAUCCGCAUGCAAUGCCCGAGGUUAUCCGGAGGGAGAAGGGGUGGUGGGCUGCGCAUUAUGACUCGAUGUCCGCUGAUGAAGAUGAUGCCUUCCCGUGCUCCAUUGGCUGCCGCACUGCUUUCUCGUGGUUCAAUGAUGACGGCAACUUUUCGGACGCUUCUCUCCGCUCUAUCUACGACCUCAAGGUUGCUGCUGGGGUUGGCGGAGUCUCUCGCUGUCGCCGCUGUAACGUCUUCACCAGCCCGGGUCUUGAUCUUCGAUUUGUGGUGUCCUUCAGGAGCGACAAGCUCCAGCACAGACCAGUCGUCCGUAGUACCUUUCCGUCCGCGAUCCCCAAUAGUGCCGUUGAGUUUGUUCUCCGACACGAGGAGGCUUGUCCGGGUGUCAUUGCUGCGAAGCCGUUUUUCCUCACCGAAGUUCUGAACAGUACCGCCGAUCUUCGUGAGAACUUGCUUCUGCAGGUCUCCGAUUUGCAUUCUAUCCCGGAUGUGCGGGAAGAAGUUGCUGAGGAUGGCAGUGUGAAGGUUGUGAAAAAGGAGAUGAUCAAUAAGGUGCUUUCCUCCUUUUCAGUAGAACAGUACGCUUCGCUCUUCGAUCUCGGCGCCUUUCCUGAUGGUGAUUGCUCUUUGCUGGGUGACGAUGGUGUUUUGCUUUGCGAACCUGUACGCGGCCCGGCUGACGAGUUUCGGGCGAUCCUUGGAAAGCAGUACUGCGAUAUAGUUGACGAGAUUGCGCGCUACCCGCCCUUCACUGUCGACCGGGAUAGCUCCGGCAUCGCCAGCAUCGGGUGUAACUGUGACGACUGCCAGCGCUAUUUGCUCCAGAAGGAGAUGAAAGCACAGGAGCGUAGAGGUGCAGUAGCGCUAGCAGGGAGCAAGAUUAUUGGCGGUGGUGGUUUCGGGUUUCUUCCAGCUGAUGAAGAUGCUGCUUCUGAUGAUGAGGCCCUCUUUCCCUCUCGUGGUAGUGGGGUCGGCGCUUGCGAGGAAGUCGUAGCCGAGGACAGUCCUCCUUCCCUUCUGCUGCCCGGAUCUGUUCUACGACCGAUUCGACUGUUCUCCUCGCUUGUAUCAGCUUUCCGGCACAUGCGAUACCAGAAACAAGCUGCCGCUGAUGCCGCCAUUGCUGCACUAUUUGACCGUCCUCCGCCUAGAGAUUGUUCCGAAACUGUGAAGAGCUGUAAGCCGAAGCCGAAGCUUGACGCAGAUGCCAAAGGGAAGCAGCAAAAAACGAAGGGCCCAGACGACUUGAACCUUGUCUCUGUUAAGGGUGUCACCUGGUGGAAAACAGGCUCUGGCGCUGCUAGUCGCUUUGGCGGCUGUUUUCGGGUUCAAGUUAUUGUGCGAAACAGUGCUGGGGCGAAAGUUCCUGUUUCUCGGACUGUAUUUCUUGAGGACCACGCUGACGACAUUGAUCUAGCUUUUGCCGCUGCUGUUGCCCUGCGGGAUCGCAUCAAGGCGGAUCCCCGGCCUUUUCUUGAGAACCGGAUCCAGAGGAAGGUCAAGAAGCAGCCAACUCCGAUCAAGCAGCCAGCUGGCCGCGCACCAGGAGCUGCCCUUCCAGUUUUCAAGUCCUCAGCGAAGGCUUCGGCAAGUAGUGGCGUCUCUGCUCGGAGUUUCCGGAAGUCAGGGAGUCGGCUAUUGCGAUAAGAGGGCUGUCGUGAACAUUUUGCGGAGCAGCGACACUGUGGGGCUGGGCGAAGAAGGUUGUGUGAUUAUUGUUUGCAUCACCACCUGCUGCGAUGUGUUAUGUGUUGACGUCUUGCCUUGAGGAGUUGUGACCAUAUUUCGCGUUCUUCUUCGCCCUCCGACCAUGAGUCGAUGUGCUCUGCCCUCGGGCUGCAGGUCGAGGUCUCGGUGCUGCAGUUCUACCUCCUUCGGUUUAUGGUACAGUGUGGAUCUCUACCUGGCUCGGUUGUCGAAAACGUUAAAAACUCUAAAAAACGGGCUCCGGGCUGUGUGGGUAGUGGUCCGCGUUUUGUUCCUUCGGUUCGGGGGGCUUUGGGUGACUCUGCAGUGAUCAUCUCGGUGUUUCCUGCGAAGCAGCUGUUUACGAGCGGCGGGUUUGGGAUGUGUCGUGGCUGGAGCUUCGGAGGAGGCUCGCGUCAGGGUUUCACGGAAAUCUGUAUUUUUGUUGAAAGAAAGGAUUUUAAGUACAUUAGCUCAAGAAAAGAAGAUAUGUGUUUGAAAGUAGCUCGUUCUCUAGCAAAAGUCAAGCGGAGCAUUACGCUUGCCUUUUUUUAGUUUUUUUUCCUUCUUCCUUUUUUCUCCAGGGGUGUAGAGUGUGUACCUGCUCUCACUAGCAAGCCAUCGCUCGAGAAACUUUGUUUUUUGUUUUUUCCUAGUACUAAACUGUCUUACAGCUCUUUCGAUUACAAACAUGUUCAUCAAUUUCACAAGUGCUCUUACCAUGUAACGUUAUCUCUUUUUUUCUGUCCCAUCUUGAAUUCUAUUUCUAUGGUUUUCCUAUAAAUAAAAUUGUGGUUUGUCAUGCUGAUAAGCCACUUAAGAGCAUACUUUCUAGACAAAAGUUCCAAAAGCCAAGAUCUCCCGAAGUAAGAAGGACUGUGGAAAAGCACUUUAUGUAGUUUUGUUGGAGUAUGUUUUAGUUUAUUUUGCUAUGCUUAUUGUUGUACUUCUCUUAGAUUGAAAAGGUUUUACAAAAGGUAGUGUUUUGAAAGAUCCAGAAAAAUGAGGCUCCUCGUCCUAGCUGAAGACGAACAAAGCUUGUUUUUCUUUUAGAAAGUGGCCCCCUUACCUUUCUGUAAAGAUCCAGAAAAAUGGAAAAUCCCGCCCAUUCUAGAUAGGAACAGAAGGGUCCACAAGGGUGCGCUUUUCUACUUCUUUUUUCCAUAGUGCACUUCUUUCUCGAUUAGCUUUGUUUUCUCUAUUAGUCUUUGUGCUUGUUGCUUUACUUUUUUUUCCUUGCUAUAAUCUCUUCUAGUUCUAUCUAUCUUGUAGUUGUAGGUCACUGCUAUUUUUUUUCCUCUUCCAUUGCCAUUGCGGUUUUCACCAUUGCCAAUGCUGAUUUCGCGACCAGUCGGUUUCGACCGUGGACACGCGCUGUAACCGAAAAUUUUCUGAUUCUGAUUCUGAAGAAAUGUGUGCAAAUUGUUGAAAGAACCCAUGGCAGAGGCAGUUCUCAGGACAACGAAUUUCCCACAAGCAUAGCGCCAGAGGCACAGGAUCGCUGCCAGGAGAACCGAACAAGACUAGCAGCU